AUGUGUGUUGGCAUGAUAUCAAGUGAACACGUUUUAGACGGAGAAUCAAGUAUAAUCUUCACGAAAUCAUUCUCAGUGAUUUCAGGAAAUGAUUCAAACGCAGCGCGCUCCUCAAUGAAUUUUGAAAACAGAUGGGUCUUGAGAUUCGCUCUGAACUUCGCAAGUGAUGGAAAAGUAGUCAGAGAAGUAGGUAGAGAGUUCCAGAGAAAAGGACCAGAAAAAGCAAAAGCAGAUUUGGCAAAAGAGUGUUUAACACGAGUUAAGAAAAAGCGAGAUGAAGAAGACGGGGCGUUUAGGUUCAAUUAA